CGAAACACCACUUUCGAAGAUUUCUCACGAGAUCUUUGCAACAACCGCUCUCUCACCUCACUGUGCUGUACGCAGGCCUGUGUCUUCCAAUCUCUUGAAACGAACACCAGCUUCUCAAGAAUCAUGGAGAAUCAGCUUAUGGCGCUCACUUCGAGAGAUGCGGCUGCGAAUGAUCUAUCACUAGCAAGCGAAGAGCCCAUCAUCGUUCGGCUGUGCUCUUUCGGGUCGCUCACCUUGUCGCCAACCGAAAAACGCAACGGCAAAACGUACCAUUUUAUCGUGUCACCGGACAUGCUCAUUCUGGCUUCAUCGUUCUUUGCCAAGCUCUUACAAGGCGACAUGGCCGAAGCACUGGCUGUUCGAAGCGGUGACACCGCUCCCAUUUACAUAUAUGACGAUGAUGUCGAUGCGGUUGAGGUCGUCCUUCGUAUCCUGCACCACGGAGCCAAAGAUCUCAGCAUUGCUAUCACCAUGGAGAUUGUCGCCGCCAUUGCGAUGCUUUCCGACAAAUGGGGCUGCCUUGAAAGUAUCAGACCCUGGGUCUCGAGAUGGCUAUUGUCCCUGCCGCACAAGACUAGCACAGUCGAUAUAGGACAAAGACUGGUCACGGCAUACUUUAUUAGAGAUCCCGCAGACUUCGAGGUUGUCACAAAGAUGGCUAUACAAACACUGUCACCCGACUUUCUAGGUGAUUGGGUUGCAAAUGAUCUACACAGCCUCCUGCCCGCCAGUGUACAUGUCGAUGCGAAGCACUUUUGAUGAUUUGCGACGUGAAUUUGACUCCGCAGAGACCAGACUCAACAUGAAGACAGACACGCAUGUAAGGAAUGACAUUGGAUGCGAUGUCUGUGGACGGUCCCUUCCACGCGGAGCUCGCCAAUGUCGACCAUGCCGGAACAAAGAAAU